UUUUCCUUUAUAAAACUAUGGAAAAACUCGUGUGAUUAAUCUUUGAAUUGUAUAACAGUGAGCGAUUACUCAUUUACCACUGUGAAAAUUAUGGAAUCCUCGGAGUUCAAUUUUCUUAGCAUUGGAGUACCUGUUUACUGUAGCACGCCAUCAUUGAACGGAAUCAGUUUUUAAACUGUUUGUGUGUCUGAGCAAGAUUUAAUCUCUCAAGGUUGAUUUGGGAAGAUUAUUGUUAUGCCUUGUUUGUCGAGGAGAUUAUGCUUACAGUUUUACAAUGAGUCAGGGUCUAGAAACUCCAGUGGCUUUGGAACUAUUUUGCGAAAUGUUGGAAACGUUAAGUGAAAGACCAAUAAGUGGUAUUGUAUUGCUGCGUUGGUCUCGUUCGGAUAUAUUGUCUCUUAUGUUGAGCAUAAUGUCACUUAUUCUUAUAUCAUGUUCUGUUGCUUCAUACCGAUAUUCCUCCAGCUACUCCUGGAUAUCGAUUGCUGGGGAUUUGCUCUUUGUCCUCUUGUCAAGUAUCCUUUUGUUCUUAACGUUCUUAACGCGUUAUAAAAGGAUGAUUUCAUCUUGUACAAAGUUUAAGACAUUCUUAAGAUCUUCCGUCACUUGUCUUAGAAAUUUGAAGCCGAAUAUGCUUUCAUAUUCACCAUGUCUAAAUGGACUUUUAAAUGAGAUGGUUGGUUUGGAUACCCACCUUACUAUCCGAGAUGGAAAAAUCGUGGUCUUGCCUGCUGUUUUACUUGUUCCAGGUGAUGUUAUUAUUAUUAAACCAGGUCAGACAAUCUUCGCUUUCUGCAAACAAAUAAAUGAAAAUCACAUUUACUUUCCAGGUGAUGUUUAUGUCCCUCAGAAACUCAGUUGUAACCUGAUAUCCACCUCGUUUACAUCCAUUCAAAAAUCAGAUGAGUCUGUGGUAGCCGUUGUCAUCCAUUCUCCUUUGGCUUCUUACCUUGAUAUCGCUUCUAGACCAAGAGUUGAAAAUGGUUAUACGUUUCAACCGCUUGCUUAUAAAGUUGUGAAUACUGCAGUUUGGGUUUCUUUAAUUAUCAAGUGUUCUAUAACUUUCAUUUUUCUAACUUCAAUAUUUAUUUGCGCAUUACCUAUUGGUGAUCUUAGUCAUCAGUUUUAUCGCUUGCUAAUCUGGUUUGCCCACACUCUUGGUAUUGUUAUUGCUUCUUCGAGCUUCUCAUUGUAUUUCAUAUGGAUGAUUGCCACUGCUGUUGUCACAUUCCACUUCCAGAAUGUUCUUUCUAAUUCUCAGGAUCAUUUUAAACUUAUUGAUGGCAAUGACUUCAAAUCUCCCCAUGUAUUUUUCCAACCCAACAUGUCUAAGGCUUCCAAAUCAAACACGUUAACUUUUCACUCGCUUAUCUCCAAUCUUCGCUACUUUGGCUUUAUGGUAAGUAAGAAUAAGCUUGUUUAUGUAUUUACCAAGAGUUUACCCUCUGGUCUGUAAAUGAUCGUUUUUUUUCGUUUGCUCCGCAGAGUAGAAGUUAGCUCUCUAAAAGAUCAGUUUUUGUUUUCUUUUAUCAUUACUUUUCAGUGAUUUAUAGCUGAUGAACUUAAGGUGCCCUGUAUGUAUACUUUUCUGUUAACUAAUGACUAACGAGACCUAAAUUCAAAGGUUAUACGGUAUUUUAACGAUUUACACAAGAUUGUGUUGAAUCAACAGAGAAUUCUGCGGCUGUCAGUGAUGUUGUUCAAGAGUUAUACUUGAGUGUAGCAUUUAUUUUAUAGUUCUUAGAUAACAAUAUUUGGUAUAUAUAACAGUCAGAAAUUAUUCAGUCAUUUAUGUGUAACGUAGAAAUUGCGAUAUGUACGUUUGUUCAAGUUGUUAUGUAUAUUCACAACGAGUAUAUAUUAUCAAAAGUUGCUGGAAUAUUAUAAAUGGUAUUAUCUCCAGUUGUAGUAGAGAAAAUUAAAGAUAGUCGCAUAAGACGAUUUUUAGCGUCAGAAUCCCAGAGAAAAUAAAAAGUAAAUGGGUCUGCAUCAUUGUGAGCAAUUUUAAGCCAUAUCACAUCAAGUCCCCACCGAUUGAUUACAAUAAUCAAGCCGACUCUAAAUUAGGUAGUCUACACAUACAAAUACAACUCAGUCUAGCAGCUAAUAAUCUCAUGAGUUGAUAUUACGUUUUGUUUUGGUCGCUCUGACCUUCCUCACAACCCACUACAUUAGUCACUAUCGCUUUUGAUCAGAAUCCAUGAAUUAUUUAUCAGUUCAACUCGUCAAACCAGCAUGGUAAGUAUGGUGAUAAAGACCUACAGUAGGGAUAAAAAGAAAAGAAAAACAGUUGAGAACUCAUUCAAAGUUUGAAUUAGCAUCAUGUUCUAAACGUAAAUAUUAGUACGGGAUGAAUGGAUGUAUCAACGGUACAGUAACUGUUUUUGAACUAUUUAACUACCUGUGUACACAAAUUAUCCAACCUAUGAAAAUGGGAUUGUGUCUUACACCAAACUAAAUAACUCUGUAAUAUUUUGAAGAUCUAUGACGUUUAGAGGUUGCAAAGGAGUAUCGGUUAUUUUAAGUCUUAAUGACGAAAAAAACUGCUGUUUUCUGAGAAAUGCGUAAACUCAAUUUUAAAUAGAGCAAAGUGAACAAGCUUAAUAAUGUAGAAUCUUUUAACUGUGAAGGUAAUUUAUUUUUGACGUAAAUUAUACUGCUCUAUUGUCUUAAUUAGUGGAAUAAGCCUUAUUAGUCAUUCUUUAAGUUGGAUAAGAAACUAGGGAGCCAAUUCUACACAAAACUGUGUUUAAGUAGUCAGUUUGCGUACCAAAUGCACUCGAGUUUUCUGAUUUCAGUUUAUAUCGUCAUCGAUUAAUCCAUAGCGAGAUACAUACUACAUAUAUCUAUUAACAUUUUAACUUCAAUAAUAACUCAUAGUUCGUUCCUAACUUUACGGUGUAACAGGAUUACUAGGAGGGGCUUUCCACUUUGUUACAUCGAAUGAACCUGAAAAAAUGAAGUGUAUUGGAAGUAACUUGAUAAAUGUAAAGGUAAAUUACGUGAUAAUUCUAUACUACAUGUCUUGUUGCUUACAACUACUAUUACUAUUGCAUUCUAUUUAUCUACGAAAUGUUUUCUCAAUACAUUAUUUACAUCAUUCUACGGUGGCUUAUUUAAACGUGUUGUAAUCAUAGUUUUACUUUCAGACGAACGUAGAUAUGGAAAAUAUUGUACUUACUUUGGGAACACUAAGUUCCGUGUGUUGUAUCAACCAAGAAGGUGUUAUAAGUCAGUCGUUACCAACUCCAGAGAAAAUGUUUUUCUUCCACAGACGCCAUCACAAUCAUCACCAUCAGGAGAGUUUUGGUACAAACAAGUCUCAAAAUGUCUAUAAAUCAAACUCAAAAGCGGAAGAACGUUUGGAUAAUCAAAAUUCUAAAUCAGGCCAACUGAACACGUCGGGUUUUCUGCGCACAAAAAAACAAGUAACUUUUGCUUUUUAAGCAACUUCUGUCUGAAGCUUGUAGCAAUAAUAGUUCAGAAAGAUAAUCAAAGAUUAACUAUGGAACCAUUUAUCUCGUUUGACUUUCAAACCAUUAAAAUCACUUCAAAUGAUCAGAAAUCACAGGAAGUCUACGUUCUAGUGUGGAGCUACUUUAUAAUUGUUUCAGAAAUUGUGUUAUUUCUACACAUGUCCAAUACGGGGUUGUGGACGUAUGUUGUUUUAGCUUGCCACUGCUUUCAACUGUUCAAAAGAGGAUAUGUAGGAAAAAGGUAUAAUGAACAGACAAAAAGUGAUGGUAUAGUGACUUCAUCUAUGUGUUUCGGUCGCUAGUUUCCAAUCUUAAGGAGAUACUAACAACUAAGCUUGCUUCUUCCGAUAUAGCUCAGACCGAAACCCAGUGACUUCAUGAAUUGAAAUCAUAUUUUAAUAUGCUCAUUUGACCUGUCGUCCUUCUUCACCACUCAGCACUAUGUAUUUCCCGAAGAAGCAUCCCAAACAUAAUGGUUCAUGCUUCUUAGUUUAGAUAGGUUGGCACUCUUAUCAAUUGCUUAGUCCUCUUUAAGCAUUACUCUUAUUUAAAGUAUCAGCAACCUAAUUUUUUGUCCAUGAAUAAAGAAUCUGUUGACCAGUCGUCUAUGUAACUGCUUUUUAAUAUUCAUUUUUUGUGGAUAGAUUUACCGGUUGUACUAUGUAGAUUCCUCCAGUAGAGAAAAAGAAUCCCUAAUAUAUUCUCUUAGAUUGUUACUUCCAUGAACUAGUUUACCAAUCCCGGGUAUUAUUUGUUAUCAGUGUCUAAAAAUCUAUUGAUGAUGGGUUUAAAUAACCACCUAAAAUUAGCGAAAUAUAAUAGUAAUAUGGUGAAAUGUUAGCGUAUUAUCCUCAUUAUCAGGUAAAUUCUAUGAGAUUAUUCGUCAUUUUUAAUUCACCACUAGCGAUGUAAUGGAUAAGAUGUAUUACAUUCAAAAUUUUGGCCCGUUACAGUCAUUGAACUUCCUCAAAUGACAGUGCGAUUUUCAAACCUAGUAGAAAGUAAACACUUUCACUAAUUAUAUAACGUCUAAAAAAUUUGUCUCAUUUUUCUGUUGGGAGACUUGUUUUUACUAAUCUAGAACUAUUCAGCUGAAUGCCUUGCUGUCUUUCCACCAAUUUAAUAGUCGUUUUGAACUCCAGAGAAACUCGUAAACAGAUAUGUUAAUUAACAAUCAUUUGUGCAAUCGAUCCGAUUUUCGUUUUUUCGUAGGUAGUUGGUGGAUUUAUGGAGUAAAAGAUCUAACUCUCGCAGGCUAGUAUCAAAUAUCCUAUUCAGUGGAAAUCAAGAUAUAUUUUUCAGAUGUAUUGGAAAAUACUCAAAAUGCUGUUUUAAAGUGCUUAUUUAUAGGUAUUUUGCUUUAAUUUGAAGUGCAUGGCCUUUCUCACAGCCUCAGUUUCCAUCAUUGCAAAUAUAUAAAAUGCUUUGUAUUGUUUCCAGGUUUGAAUUAUUUUACCUCUUCCAAAAAGUCAGUGAAUUAUUAAGUUUUGGAAGUGGUUUGAGCCAGGUGUUAAAAUCAAUUGAACAACUUCUGACAGUCCGAAAGCGAUAAAAGUGAAUUUGUUUUAUACUUAACUGUUCCCCUAGAUUUACGAUUCGCUCAUCAAACCUUGUUUAAAUUACGGUUAAUAUUCUUAGAAAUGAAAUGUCUAUUUUAAAUAAAACCUCAGUGUGAAUUUAUUUUAAAAAAUAAUUGUUGCGGAAAUUUAUUGGACGUAAGCAAUCAUUUUAUCACCAUGAAUAAACGUAUUUUUGGUUUAAUGUGUAAAGGGAUUCCCAAAUCAAAAUUACUCUGUAUAUUGAUGGAAUAAAUCAUUUAUUUCGAAACUCGGUUAUAUUCGAUUUCUAUUCAAAUUCGUAGUGUGUUGGACUUAAUCAAGGAGAACUUUGCAAGACUCAAAGUCCCAUCCAAAAUCAGCUAUCCACUAACUGUGAUCCUAAUGAUACACCUGGUUUUCAACGAAGUGCUGUGUUCCCACUGAGCAGUUGUAUUGCACCGGUAGUUCUAGACUUACGAACCGAUUUUUAUCGACCCUUUUUAUCGCGUUUCGAAAGGCCGCGCUGGGAUCGUUUCCUUUCAUCGCUUAAACCAAUCGGUUUAUCGAUUCUUCUCAACAAUUGUCACUCUGCUAUUGCGAAACAGAGAAUUGGCUUUUUUGAAAAAGUAAAUGCAACUCAAAAAUAUUUCGAUUCUUCGUCAUGUAUUACUGCACUGCCGCUUACUUUCUGUCUGUGUGGUCUUGCCAGCCAGAUAGGAUUUCGUGAUGGUGCCUUAAGUGGUUUUGUCACUCAUGGAUGCUUGGGUGCUUAUUCUAUUUGCUCAGCCGCAUAUACUUCUAAUUCUAACGCUACUGAUGUGAAAAGUAAAUUAUCUUCCGAAGAAAUCCUCCCGACAAAAGAAAAUACAAAUUAUGACCGAAUUCAUUUGGCUUAUUGCUUUAGCUCUGUCUUCUCUGAUCCAAAUAUCCAAAGUGGUUAUCAACUGCUCUCUCAAGGUACUGGUGAUAUUCUUGCUAGCUUGUGUUCUGAUGUUUGGGAUGGGCGGGAUAUUGUACCAUUGUCAGAUAGAGAACGUGAACUAAUCUUGGGGUUCCACAAUCGUCAUCUGUCGUCUGCAUACUGUAUUGGAUUCGCUUAUUCUCCGUUGGUUGAUAAAAUUGAGGAAUCUUAUCGACUGUUGUUGGGUAAUCUCCCCAGUUCGUCAGAUAUCUUCAUGCUUCGUUUACCAGGAUCUGAUGAUAUUUCACCAGUAAUACAGCGAAAGGUACUGGAACACCUGGUUUGCAGUCGAUCAUAUUCAAAUCGUUCUCUACUACCGCGUGUUACGAACAAUAUUAACAGUACCAGUCCCAUUUAUGACAAGAUUGUUCGUGAUAGUGAUAUUUCUAGAAGAUCUCAAGCUAUUUCAAAAUCCAGCAGACCACGUAAUUAUCGACUAAAAUUUAUAAAGAAUAUGAAAAACUUCGGUUUUAAUUCCUUCUCUAAAUAUUGGCAGCAUAGCGAUCGGAAAAAAGAAGGGUGUGAUAAAACGGAAGGAACGUAUUCAAAUGAUAAACUUCUAAAACAUUCACCGUCAAAGAGAAGUGAUAGAUUUUCUAGAAAACAUCGAAUUAACCAUAAUCGAAUAAGUAGUAAUUUUGGUGAGUAUGAUAGUAAGUGUUUGGUUUUGAAUGAAUUUCCAAAUGCUAAUUUUGUUUCGGAAACUGAUCAUUGCAAAAGUAACGCUGAUAACUUGGAUCAUGAUAAGAAGAGUAAUGUACGUAUUGAUCAGAAAGAAGUGGACGUUAUACUGAACAAUCAAAUAUUCUUAGGUCUAAUAAGUAUGCAGUAUCAGGCAAAUCCUCAAGUUGUGAAGUCCAUUAAACAACUUCAUCAAGCUUGUAUACGAUUUGUACAUUUUUCUCGAGUAAGUAACAAUUGUCUGGUAAGUAUUAUUGUUAUUACUUCAUGCCAAACUACUUUUGAGAUACUUCCAUGGAAAAUACGGUUAUUAAGCCAUACAAAGGACUAGCUACUAUCCGUAGCUUUUAAAACUAAUCUGAUGGUCACGUCACUUAUUCCAGUUUGGUGCCCGUUUCUGUAACGUAUGUGGCUGUUAGGUAGCUAGUAAACCUAGACAACCCACUCCCUGUAAGUUAAUAAAGCCACUCAACUGUCAACGAUUAUAUCAUGGUUCCAAAAAUUAAUUAACUUAGUUUGCAACCCAGUAGUAUCACGAUCUAUAAGGGUAACUCAGAAGUCAUUGUACACGUUCACUGAUAAACUGUAUGUUAUAUUUUGUAUUUAGUAUUAUUCUGUGUUUGUUCUUAUUAAGGUAAUGCAAAGGACUUUUUCGAUAGGAUGAUUUUUUGUUUGACUAUAUUUAUAACUGGAAAUUAUUGAAUCAUUUAUAAUGUCAGUUAAAUAGUUUAUAUUUUUACGUCUUUACACAUACUGUACAAUCUCACAAUAUAUAUGCUUAACUAUUCCCAGCAGUAAUUUCUUGAAAUGUUUUGAUGGGAUUUCGUUCACAACAUUACGCGACGUAUUAUUUAUAGUUUUAUUUCACGUGACGUAUGGUGCGUCGGAGUUUCUAAACAAUAUGCUUAAUACGUGGUCAUUAAUUAUAUGAUUAUUAUUUAAUGGACCACUGUAACACAUAGUUUCUCGUUCGAGGUGUAUUAUUAAAAGAACUAUUCAAGAGAGUGACCACUAAAACUUUUCCUUAGUAGUUCUUUUCACAAGAUAUGCUGUUUUACUUUCCAACCCUUGAAACUAUCUUCAGUGCUUUUAAUGAGCGAAUUUCCCGAUCUUAAUUCAUAACUACUUUUCCCAGAAACUUAUUAGUGACACUAUUAUUAAUUAUCUCUUUCUUAAAUAACACGGGUUGGUCUACUACUAUAUUUUGUAAAAGUGUUAUUUCUCGUAUAUUUUGUUAAGGAAAAUGAACUUCGAAGUAGAGUGUUCGCUGAACGUUUGGGGUUAGAAUGUGGUUGGAAUUGUCAUAUAUCGCUUAAGAGUCCUAAUUCUGUUAGUAAUCGCAAAUCCGUUGGUCUGCCUAAAGAAUUCCGUAAAAGCUAUAAAUUUUCAUUUGGAACUGAUUUGUUCGUCACUGAAGGAAAAUACUUUGUUGGUAAGUAAUUUGAUCUUACAUUAAUUUUAACAGAUGUUUUUCCAUCUUCUAACUGCUUUUUUAUUCUUUACCUUCCAUAAGGUUCUCAUCAGACUAAGCGAUGGUCAAGUUCUCCGGCACUAGCAACGUCAUAUUUUUCAGUAAGUGGAUGUAUCUACUUAAGAUUGUUUCGAUGACAGUAAUAACUCGAUUAGUACAAAUCUCCAGAAAGGUGAUCUAUGUUUUAUAAAUAUUUUCAUUUAGAUUAAGAUUACUUUUACAGCUGCUCUUCAAUAUAAAGAAAAACUUAUGAUUAUUUAGAACUUCACUAAAUAAUCUUUAAAUGAUGUAUUUUUUUUAGUACAUAUGUGUUUUUUAUAUUAUUCCUCUCUUUUGUUAUGGCCAUGGAAAUAUCUCUAAAGUUAGCUCUGGUUUUAACUCUACUUCACUGGCAAUGAUGCCAUAUUCCCACUGUGAUUUGGAUAACCUGUAUGUCACUGCACAUUUUGAUGAUAUCGUUAGCAUCCAUAAUAUCAAACACUUUCUCAAACUGAACCGUAUGUGAGCAAACCUUUGGGGAUCGAUGAUAAAACAUGAUCUCAAAAUAUUGUCAGGCUUCAAGCAAAACUUCUGUCACCGACACAUCCACACCAUAGGUAGUUGACUGCAAUAUGACCAGUUUAAAUCCACCGUUCAGUUUUAUAGAAAGGACACUGGUUGACAUGUUGGCGAUGACUUUCCUGGAGUUUGGCGCUGACCAGAAACAGGUUGAACUCUUCACAAAACUAUAGAGACUGUCCCCGUCAUCUAACCUUCGACCAUCGAGUCCUCAUUAUCCACUCAAAUGACCUCUUCUUUGUCCCUUGACACACAUACCUGUUCAUUCAAGUCCUCAGUUAACAACAGAAGAUCUAUUAAAUAUGAUUUAUAAUGAAUUUGACCUAAUUAGGACAUAGAAGUCAGCGUUAGUUUCACUCGAAAUGCAGUCCCCUCGUAUGUAGGUAGGGAUAACAAAAAACAUGAUUUCUCACCCCGUUUCUUCUUACUUUGGUGUAACCUAACCUAAAAGUGCAUAAAAAAUGCCCUGGUACGGCCGAGAGUGGGGACAGUCCGCUCUCCCUCUCGAAAUGCUCUCACAUGGCCACGCGUAUAUAGCCUCUCCCAGGGAAUUCCUACUCAUUGCCUUCUCGUGGCGGGGGUGUCGUUUACGAAGUCGAGAGGACGAAAAGCGAAUGUCCGGCGCUUUAACCGGGUUGGUGGACAAGGAGAGUAUACUUAGGGAAGUUGGAAAACCAUGAUUCCGAACCAAAAGUGGACAUGGGCUCCAGUAUCCUGAAGGAACAAACGGCCUAGGAACCAAUCGUUGGUCACCGGCUACCAUGGGACUGCAUGUCCUUACGUUGCUCCACUGUCUUGUGGACCAGACCUUCAGGUCGAAGGCUCCGGGUGUGACCUCCUAAGAAAACCACCUGCUUCGGUUUGGGCACCCGGUCAGUAUCACAGCCCUCACACAAAUCAAAUGAGAUUUGUGUGGUGCGUAUGUAUAUGAUGUCCCCUUGUACCAAUAUCUAUGUGUUAAAAUAAAAUAAAAAAAUAAGAAAAAGUGCAUAAGCGACUGUUAAUUAGUGUCCAGUUUACCAGCAAUAUUUCUUCAGUAUGACACUAACAACAGGGAAACUGGAAGCUGAUGCAAUAGAGUCACUGGACAAGUAUAUAUCAAAUAAACUUUUCGAACUGGCAGAUGGCGAAUCACUUUGUUUUACUUGACCAGAAUCUUAAAUACAAGUCUCAGGUAUAUAACAGACAUGCAUAUCGAAACUUUUAGAAUUUUUAGCCAGACCUGUCUAUUGUAUGGUCUGCAUCAAUGUACAAACGUUGGAGACAGGUUUACAUGAUAAAUGUAACUUCAGAAAAGCUAGAUCAGAUUUUUCGGUCGGUGAUAUCACUCAGAAAAUAAAUCAUCCUACGAAUCGGACAUUUUUCUGUCACUUUCGUGUCAGUUUUCUAGAGAUGCAUAUUAUUUUCCUUGUAAGUGAGUAGUUAAAAUACAAUCCAUGGAAUACUAACAUUCAACCAGAUGCUCUACACAAAACAUAGUCUUUGAAUAAUCUAGAUAAAAUGCUCCAACUACUUUACUUAUAUUGUAAAGCCAUAUAUUUAAAAAAAGUGUUUCGGACCAGUAUAUUACGAUUACAUACCCUUGUGAGACUCUAGAAUCUUUUGUCAUCCAUUUAUACUGUCUCCGAAAUACGGAAACAGGAUUCUGGUGUGAUAAUUCACUUGACUCCAUCUAGCCAGUAUGGAGAUCCAGUUGUAACUAUCCUUUUGUGUAUCUGGAGACCCGACAUUAACUUCUCAUUGUCUUGCAGUGUAAGUAUAUUGUCGGGAAUAGUAUAACGUUAUGUAUAUGUUAAACCCACAUAGUUUAUUCUAGAUUCCGAACAAGCCAAUCUAUUCAUUUUUCUUAAACCACAUUUUGACCUUGUCACUUAUUGGCUUAUUUAUUCUGACUGUUUUUAGAUGAGCGUAUGUGAGUGCACAUCUUAUCUUACCUGUAGCUUAUUCUUAUCUGGCUAUAAAUAUUGACUAAUCCUCGGUUAAAUCGAGUUGGCAUACUUGCCUUCUCCAAUCCGUUCCACCCUUUCCUCUUUGUUUCGUCUCCCUGAUUGUCUGUUCAAAUCGGUGAGUACACGAAGCAUACAUAUUCAAAAUUCAUUAUCGUAUGUGGCUUAUUUAACUCCGUUAUUCACUAACGCAAUUCAAGUCGAUGAUUAUAUACGAGGAUUAGCGAAAUGUAUAUUUCGACAGCGAUCAACAUACGAUCUAAUUGGAGUCAGAUUUGGAGCCUCAAAAGUGGUGAACCUGUCGACAACAUCGUCCGACCUAAAUGGCGUCGUUAUCGGGCCACUGAAAUAUUACUAAGUUGAAAGACAACAUGUACGCCUCGAAUGAAUUCCUCUCGAAAGUUACUUAUGAGCCGCCAAAAUAAGUGGUACAACGAGGACUCGGAAAUAGUGAUAAGCGCUGGUAUUUUUUCAUUUCUGCCUUUACCCCCCACUUAUUGCAACACAAACGAAUUAAAAGACAGGCUCUAUGAAGAUUUAUCUAACCUCCAGAAAGCUAAACUAUCAGAUGUAGCAAUUAUCGUUAAUAAUAUCAACGACCAAGCAGGUGGGCUAAGUGGAACUGAAAGAUACUCAGGCGUGUAUUUUGGCAUCUCAGCUAAGUGGACAGAAACUGGAGACCAUUUUUUUAACUACUUCCAGACAUCUUUAGUAAUUGUAAGCAACAACUUUGAACAGUAGCAAAUACUGUAUAACCUGAAGACCACCGACGUCACAAGGAUGAACACAAACAGAUCAAAUUACUAUCAGUCGUCGUUUGAAGGGCUCAACUGAUGAAUCUCAAUCCUAUUUAAAUUCCGACCACUCUGUUUUGUGAGCUCGUGUUUAUUUGUGGCUUAUUGGACACAAAACGUUCACAGGAUACCUUUUUGAACUCAUUUUAAAAAUGUAAAUGUCAAGGAUACGUUUAAGAUAGAGUUAACUAAGCAUUUAGUCGAUCGUGUAGAGGAUGUUCAUCUUGAAGUAGCAUGCCAUGAUCUGCAGUUCACUGUUGUAAAAACAGUGGUAUUUGUUACCAACCUAGACCACGAAAUUAAGAAUAGUCAACUGGUCCAGAAGCAAUAUAGGGUUGUGGAGAUUGUUUUAUUGAGAUCAUUAACUGAUCAACCUUAGACCACCACUGAAAACCUGGAAGCACUGGAAGGCCAUUUCGUCCCAGUAUGAGACUACUCAGCAGUACGAAUCCACGAUCCCACAUGCGGACGCUUGACAUCUAAACCACUGAGCCGGUAUCCAACGGUGUCAGUGUCUAACUUCGAACAAUCCACGAUAUUACACGACUAUCUUCCAUUGUCUUCAGUGGGUAACUGCCUCACACCCGACGCGAUUAAUCUCCACUGGCUACAGCUUCUCACUAGAACUCGUUCGCUCGAGACCGAAGGCCCCAGGUUCGAGCUCCUUGUGCGGGAUCGUGGAUUCGCGCUGCUGAGAAGUGUCAUAUUAGUACGAAACGGCCAUACAGUGCUUCCAAGUUUUCAGUAGUGGUUUAACAUUCAUCGGUUCAUGAUUUCAGUGAUCUAUAAGUCUUUACCAAAUUAACGGAUCUUUGAAGACUCAUCACUUCAGGUUCUGAUAACGAUGAAUAGUUAAGGAAAUUUCGAAGCAGAUUGAUAAAAUUUCUACGUAAUGACUGUGAGUAGUAGUGGUCAGCAAAAAUAAAAGGUGGAGAAGACAUUAGUGAUUAACACCUAUAGGGAACUGUUCAAACUCACCAAGGAAAUCGAUAUUAAAAAAUGUGUUGAUGGAAGUGUUACAGAAAAAGAUAAAACAGUAUUCCACUCAGUUUAAAACCAUUGGUAAGGCACUUUAAGGAACAACAAACAAUUAACUGACCUCUGGUCACUCUUCAGUUACCUGCUAUUCCCAUGCAACCUAAAUGGGAGAUUGACACAAAUCCGAUAACUUAGCAAGUUUGGAAAGACUGUAUUUAAUUUGGGGUGGUGGAGAGCAGCAGGACCUGAUCAGUUGACUCUAGAAAUCUCCAAGAAUGGUAGUCCAGCUUUAGGAGUUGAGUACAAUAUUAUCUAGAGCCGGACAGCUAAAUGUAGUCCCGUCUUACUUGUCUCAAUCAUCGAUCAUCCCAAUCUAUAAUACCGGACUAGUUUUCCCUCGUAAUAGCCAUAAAGAAGUAACUUUGAGGAAUAUGGCGUCUGAAGGAUUAGUCUCGAGAAUUAAUUGACGCCUAAAAGAAGUUAACGAUCAGCAAAUACGAGAAAAGCCAAUUUCGUUCUUGGAUUUGUAUGUAUCCGGAAAAGCUUUAUCUUUUGGCAGGAUUUAGAACAUGCAUACGUACCGACACUUGACUAACCAAUCAUGUUUCUCGAUCUGAGGGCAACAUUUAACUCCAUAUACCAGGUAGUUUUGAAGCAGUUUUUUAAUUGAACUAUGUACUAGAAAAGUACGCGAACCAUCUGAAGGCUCUUUGCUCGAGCUCCAACAGUCGUAUUUAGAGUUAUGACAGAUUGUUAGCAGAACUAAAAACAAUGAGUAAUGCUUAUUAGGACUCUACUUCUUUUACUUACCAAAAUCAUAGACAUUGCUUGAGAGGAAACUUACGUUGUUUGGGUUUUUAGGGACUGAUCUACCAAGAGAUUGACUUGUUGACUUGGAAUAUACUGAUGACAUGGUUGUGUUCAUUGGAGACCCAGAUAUACUGUAAAGCCUUCUGGCUACUUCGAGUGACAAUCCUGCUAUAGCGUGCCAAUCAGCAGGGUCACUUGAUAAUUAGAAAUGUCCUAAAGGACAAAUACAUACCACUGGCUAAGAUAUGGGUUGAUUUUCAAGGGAUAAAAUGUCUAUAUAUGAGUGUUUAUGCAUGUUAUUCGGUGCCCUAGUAGACUUUCUCCUUCACUCUUGACUUCAAGUAGAUAGUUGGGGGUGAGGGUUGGCGCGUAGCACGUUGUGUAUCAGUGUCAGAUUUCGAACGCCGUGCAUCAUGACGUGUCCAAGAAUGUUUGCGACGUGUUUCCCCCCUGUAAAUACAAAAUGUAUCUUCGGGACUGGCCUGGGUCAACCUCAAUCAGUAAUUGGAGGCGUUGAGUGACGUGGUCCAGAAUUGGCCACAGUGACCCAGAUGAGCUUCCUCUUUAUCUCCCCCUUAGCCUCGAGCUUCAAUAUUGUUUCGUACUUUUUAUUUAUCGAAUUCAUUCCUUUUCGAACUGUAUUCCCCGAUGUUUAGCCUUUCACACCGAAAUUGAUAGUAAUGUCAUUCACUUUCAUUUUAUAGACCCAGAGUAAAGCAAUCUGUGGUCACAUAUUUACCAACUUCCUCUAUGUUUGAUAGUUACUGCUUUAUGAACAUUUGCGCAAACUGAUUCUUGAACACCGUCUCGUUCAUUCCAAGACAUCAGUCACUUCGCCUCUUAAUAUUUACCCCACCUCUCGUUCGUUGAAUAAUACUUUAACCUAAUAUUAUACGCAAAAAAUUAUAUCGUGCGUCUAUCAACAUUCUAAAAACUUUAAACAAAGUAUUAUCUCUAUCAAUUUAUUUUCUCAUUGAUUGUUUGAAUCUUCUCAUUGAUGUUUAGGGUUGCAAUUGAUCAGUCUCUUAUUGGCAUGUACAUCCUGUGGUGGUUGCCUCGAUAUUGCAUUAAGUCACAAACACUAUAAGCAUAGGUGAAUGGUGACUAGCAGUGGAGUCCAGGACGCGAGUUUUGUUCGUUCGAGUUCCGGAGUGAACAUCUACUCUGGAAUGCAGGUACAUCUAGCUGACGAGUCCCAAAUAGGACGAAAUGCACGUCAUGGAUUCCAAUGCUAGUCACUAUCCAUCUCCAUUGAUCCAAUAGAGCAGUGGUGUUGCUCAGGAUUCCCCAAUCUCGUCGUUCCUUUCUAUUUUGACAUUAAUGACAUCCUGGAGACAGAUAGAUAUGCAAAAACACUAGUACUAUAAAGCAGUCCUCUGAAAAUCGAAUUUCGACCUCAAUUACUCGAUUAAUAUUAUUGUACUUUUUGAUGAUACAGGCUACUCAAAUCCCAUUUAAUUAUUUGACUAUUAGCGUCUAUAAAUAUAGUGUUUCACUUCAUGACUGACAGAAUCCUUUGCAUGCACAUACCCUUUGUGUUGAGUCAUCAAAUCUAGUCAACUUCAUAUACCCUUGUGGUGUGAUGUAUUGACUUGAAAUUACAACUCAGCAAUUGAGAGUCAGAUGCCUAAACCAUUUAGAUACAAUUCUCUCUUAGUUGUAGGUAGGGGAAUUAUUUGUAGAUAGCGGAAUGGGACAGAAUGGCUCAAACAUUGUUACGUUUCUUUGUGCUCUAAAAAUUUCAAUGAAACACUUUUGAUGGUAACAAUAACAAUCUGUAGUAAAUAGCUAUUUAUUAUUCAUUUAUACUUUACAAAAUUUUGGGAAGAAAUUCGGGUCCACAUCUGAUCCACAGUUCUUUCAAUCUACUCCAUUUCCUGAGUAUUGUGAAGCAAACUGUUUGAAAUCAAUCUCUCCAUGUUUGAAUUCCCGACAAAUUGACUCUGACUUUGAAUCUUCAUGCUCUCAUGAUCAUAUUAACAAUAAUUUCGCUCAUGCUGUGUCUACCAGUUACCUUCAGCAGAUUCGUUCAAACGAAAUAGGUCCAAAGGAAUCAUUCGGUUCAUAUCACUUGUCCUCGUCAAGUAAUUCAACUAGUUCUGUAUCGCUCUCAGUAGAUGAACAAAGUGAUAAUUCUGAAGAAAUAAAAUUGUCGGAAUUGUUGGUCAGGAACAAGGUAAUUUUCUGUAGUUUUUUGUUGAAACGGUGUUCAGAAUAAUUUUGUCUUCACAUUUCAACGUCAUCUCAUUAUCGAACAUAAUAAAUGACUAAUUUACAUCCAUAUAAUGUUACAAUUCAUAAAUAACAUGAUCAAAAAUCGUUACAUCAAUACUAAAUUUAUAAAGUCGAUGUUUAUUUUGAGGAAUUUGUUGUUUACUUUCAUAAGACCAGAAUCUAAUUCACAAAUUUGCCUUUAUGGGAUAAUGGCUCUCAUCUACAAAUUAUAUUCAGUCUUACAGUAACUAAAACGCUAUUGAGCAUUGAAAAUUAUCCAUACUGAAUAUUACGAAUCAGCAGUAAAUUCUUGGUGCUAAUAUUCCUAUAAAUCGGAACAACUUUUGCUUGAGCCGUUAUCUAAGGAUCAUGCUAACUAUCCAUUUGAUUGAGUACUAGUAAUUGUCUUGAAUUAGACAAGCAUUGACAUGUCUUGAAUUCAAAAUAUCAUACUUUUUCCUCUCAUAUUGUUAUGGAUUUUAACAAGAUAAAAACCUUAAUGGUCUGCAUCCAUUCUUUUUAGAUUCGCAAUCUUUGUUUUUAUCAUUUAUUUAAGCUUUGUUUCGAAAAUAUCACUAAAUGUUUUCGGGCUUCAAACAGUCUCCUUCUUAAUACCGGCUCAGUGGUUUAGAUGUCAAGCGUCCGCAUGUGGGAUCGUGGAUUCGUACUGCUGAGUAGUCUCAUACUGGGACGAAAUGGCCUUCCAGUGCUUCCAGGUUUUCAGUGGUGGUCUAAGGUUGAUCAGUUAAUGAUCUCAAUAAAACAAUCUCCACAACCCUAUACUGAUAAUUAUCAUUCAACAGCCUUGAAAUAAUGAUUCAUUAAAAGCCUUUCGCAUCUUGAUUGUGUUAUCAUUACAUACUGGGUUUUAUUUUUCAGUAUAAAUAAUGGUUGAAUCACAUAUACUUUCAACGCAUAUACAGAUUUUGUUGCUUUUUUGUUAUGAGUUAUUUAGAUCCAGAGAGCAUUAGACAGGUAUUUUAUCUUGGUAUAUAUUGACGAUGAUGUAUUAUUUCAGAACCUUAAGCACUUACCGCAAGUUAUAAGGUCUUAGAAAAUGACUACUUGUCUGAAUAAUUUCUCGUUACACUGAUCACGUAUAUUUCUGAGAAUAUAAUUACUCCCUCUCAUUUUACAUCCGACUUCACUUUAAGCUGACUUAUUGUGACUCUGUAGACCAAGAAAUUAAGCACUUGAAUUUUAUCCAUUUGGUUUACCUAAUCGCACUUUUUUUUAUAGUAAGUGUUGCUCAAAUCUUGAGAGAUAAAUAUCAACAGGGUUAUCAAGUAGUUGCAUCAGUUUUUAAAUGAUUUUUUAUUCGGUUGUUGUUUUAUAUACAAAGAACAAUAUGUCGUAAAGAUAUCGGUCGUAAUAAUAUAUUCCAUUUGUCUUUUUGAUCAGUUCAUUGUAUUUUAACAAGUAAUAGUUCUCUCUCUGUGAUGUUUCAACUACUUCUUUAUUUGGUAUUAAGUUAACGUUUUCAUUAUCUCUUUCUUUUACAGUCCCGACUUCCAUGUGGAAUCGAUAGCAUACGCCCACAUUUAGAAAAUGUCGAUAACGUUCCAUUACAAGUAUCAUUGUUUACUGAUUGUACACCUAAAGCUGUUAGCGAAAUGAUUCAAAUAAUGAAAGAAUAUGGGGAUACUGUUUGCUUAAUUGGAAGCUGUUAUUCAUUAACCAACUAUGUAUUGUUUCAACAAAGUGAUGUAGCUAUUGCUGUGAAACCUAUUCUACCCUACUCGAAUUGUCAAUUUGCAAAUACCAAGUACAUUGUCUCGAAUCAAUCUGUUGAUUGGUUAACAAGUGAUCUCCAGUCAGAAGAGUUUAGUUGUUCGAAAAAAAACCCGACUUCUACACAUCAGGAAAGUGAUACUACAAAUUUUAAUACAUUCGACAUUGCUGCACAUCUUGUACACUUAGUUACACCUUGUCUUUUGGAUAUAGAGAAAACAGGAUUUCAUGUUUACGAUCUUAUUGUUGAGGCUCACGCCAGUGUUAAUAACCUCUAUCAUUGUUUGGUGUUCAGUUCAACAACUCCGUUAGCAGUUGGUUUACUACAAUUACUACUAUUAAUAAUCGGGUUGCCUACACGACCUGUUGUUUUGCUAGAUGUGCGAUCAAAUCUUCAACAAGGCGAAUUAAUUUGGCUGCCUGUGGAACCAUUUCGAUCAGUUAUUUUUGGUUCAAGUGAAAUUUUUGGUAAUUUAAGCAAAACUGAUAAGCACACUAACAUUAAUUUGUUACACUACAGUUCGGAUUGGAAUUUAGAACCAAGUCUUAGCAUUGGUCAAUUAUUUUGGCUACUUUUCAUUGUCAUGCCAUCUUUAACAUUAUCUUUAAUUGAUAGGCGAGUGGAAAGAAACCAACCGUUACGUGAGCCACCGAUUAAGCGUAAUAAACUAUUUACUAAGAAGGUGAGUUUGUGCGAUUAUAUAUGUCUGAAUGACCUUCCCUUAAUUAUCUAAAUCUAAUAAUAGGUUCGAUUUUUAUUUGGAACACAAUUGCUGAUUAUUUACUUGUGUGGAUGUUCUGUGUGUAGCUGAGCGUAUACUUUCUUCUGUUAGUCGAAGUCUUGACUCACGGAAGAAUAAAUGUAAUGAAACUACUAUCUUUUUUAAAUUUGUUUUUACUGUGCAUAAUUAGUGCCUAAAAGAUUUACUUUACGGCCACUAUGAUCAUUCCUGAAUAGAUUUAUCUCUUAACAUUGGUUACUAUUCGUCUUCUACUGCUGUUUGGACAACCGCCUGGUAUCAUCAACUAUGACACUUAGAGUGUGGCUCAUCCCCAAGUGCCUAGUGUAUGAGUUAAUUUGAUUUUGAUGGUUGUUUUACUUUUCUGAAUUGAUUGACUGGAUUUCGCUGUAGGAUUUUUACAAUAAAACGAAUAUCAUAGAGUAGGACAGCUACAACGUAGGACCAGGCACAUAUAUGCAUCAGUCCAAGUUGCCAUACCACAUUGACAACAACAAGAUGGACACCGGAUUCCUAAAAGUAGUUAAUUCAGAGAUGGUAAUAUAUAAGAGAAAGAUUGCAAUAAGGAUAUAGUACAGGAAGAAAGAAUUAGUUCGUAGAAAGAAAUAUAUGAAGCGAUUUUAAUCUCUUAGUUUAAGGGAACAUAGAGAGUGUAUACACCUACGCCAUUGUGAUCGAUUCUGA